GUAAAUAUGAUUUAUUUCAUUUUAAAGUAUAGUGAGGGGGUAAGUCUCCCUCAAAAACCGAUAGAGCUCCGCGAGGAACACCAAAAUCAGCACAUACAAAAAACACGUCUUCUUAACGCGUCAUUCAACUCAGAGAGGCCCCUAGGCCCCGAGAAACCACCAUGGAUCCCCCCGAUCUCCAUGGUGGUGGUGUUAUUCACGCGUCACCCCCGGCAAACGGCCACGCGGCAAGCCAGCUCACGGAGUUCCUGGAGGUACCAGACACCCCAACCCCAAGCCGAUGGAAUAUUCCAGGGCCCCUAG